GCCAGAUUUGUUUACAUGCGACAACCACAAAAAAAUAUUUUAAGAAACAAUAGAUUAACCUAAUCAGUCAUGACUCAUUGAUCAGAUUAAAGUGCCUCAUGGGUAAACUAUUCAGUAAGAACAAGGGCCCCAAGCACCAAGCUCAAGGCUUUGACAGUAUUGAGGGAGGGAUGAAGUCUCGUUCAAAUCGCCAUGAAGAAUCCAGGCAUGGCAAGUAUGAUGCAGGUGUUCCUGCAGAGAUACAUGCUGGCAAUGGUCCAGUCCACUCAGAUUCUGUGGUCAGCCUGGCCAAGAUACAGCCAGGGCUUUGCGUGUCUGGGAGCAAGGACAAGACGAUUGUUCUGUAUGACUACCACAACCACCGGCUAGAGGACAGAUGGACAGGACAUGAUCGAGAAAUCACAAAGGUUUGCUAUGGUAUUCACUGUAGAGGAGUGUUCAGUGCGUCUCGGGACAAGACAGUUAAACUGUGGCACAGAGGGCAUGCCAGCCCGAUCAGGGAGUUCAACAGACAUGAACUGGUCGUUUCAGCCAUAGAUUUAAACAAUGACAACAGCCUGCUGUGUAGCGGGUCUCGUGACAACACAUUGAAACUGUGGGAUGUGGAGACAGGACAGUUUCUCAGAGAAAAUAAGACAUCCAGAAAUCUAGUCACAGAUGUGAAGUUUGUAGCCGAUAGUCAUCUUCUAGUCCAGACUGGGGAAGAUAAAGAAGUCAGGUUGUUUGACACACGGACGAUGUCAAUCACCCACAACUUCCCCCGCAAACAGUACAUCCAGAUGUGUUGUGAUGUUAGCCCUGACGGAAACUACUGCCUCACGUGUAGUAACGGUUUUGGUGGCAAUGGGUGUGAAGCUACGCUAUGGGAUCUGCGAAGCCUACAGAUUAUUCAGGAGUACCACGGUCACUCUGAGGCGCUGGAGUCGUGUAUAUUCCUCCCAUCCCCCGGUGAUCGCCCGCUACUGGCAACCUCUUCCCGGGACUGUUCAGUUCGCGUCUGGGAUCAAAACUCACGAGCAUGUAUUGCCCAGUGUACCAUCAGCUGUUCUGGCCCCCUCACAUCGCUUAUAGCAUAUGAAGAUAACAGCAUUUGUGUGUCAAGUUUCAAUGAAGGAAUCCAUGAGCUGAAAUUGUAUCCGAGUGAAGGAAGACUAGUACAACGGACUAGGUUCUAGUGUCGAACAACCAUUACCUGUCAGGUUAAAGCCAACAGGGUGUGGUGUAAAACAACAUGCCACAAUGUUCCAGUGUAAAACAUGCCACAACGUUCUACUGUAAAACAUGCCACAGCUUUCUAGUGUAAAACAGGCCAAAACGUUCUACUGUAAAACAUGCCACAACAUUCAAGUGUAAAAAAUGCCCGAUGAUUUAUUGUUUAACAAGUCUCAAUGUUCUAAUGUAAACCAUGCCACGUUGUGCCAUUGUAAACCAUCCACAAUGUUGAAGUGUAAACAUGCCACAAAAAAUGACAUUGUGCCAGUGUAAAACAACAUAACCAGAAGAUUCAAAUGUGAAAAACAUGCCAUACGUUACUAGUGUAGAUCAUGCCACAAUUUUUUCUAGUGUUAAACAACAUACCAGAUGAUUCUAGUGAAAAACAACUUUACAAGAAGAUUUAAAUACAAAAAAGAUGCUAUAAGAUUCUAGUGUAAAGCAACAUGCUGUGUGAUGCUGGUGCGAAACGUAUUGCCAUACAACAUGUUGGAUGAUUGCAAUGUAAAACAUGCCAUAAGACUAGUGUUAAACAUGGUAACACAUUGGACGGUUCUGGUGCAAAUAUGCCAAAAGAUUGUGGUGUAAAACAACAUGUGGGAUGGUUCAGGAGUGCCUAAGGCUGUUUGAAAUAACCAUAGCUGUUUGAAGUGCCCAAGGCUGUCUGAAGUCCCAAUACAGCUGACAUUAUGUGUUGAACAAUAUGCUACAAGGUUGUAAACCACAUGUCAGGAUGUUUCAAUCCAUUCCAAUAUAUUCCAGUGUUGAACUGUACUUUGAAACCUUCUGUGAGAUAUUUUAUUCCCUUGUUUAAAGUUCAGGGGGUACAGUUUUGCAGUCUGUGGUAAAUGCUUUUAGAUGUGUAGAUUAUUUGGGGCAGUGGGAUAACCAAUUUCAUAGGAAGCUCAUGAUGUUUUGUACUAUUCAAUGUCACAAAAGAAAAGAAGACCAUCGGUCCUUUACCACCAAGAAAAGAUCUCACCACCCUCAAGCCUUCAUGUUAAAGUAUACAUACAGACUGGUGUUGUUAUUUGGAUAAAUGUCUAUGUUUUAAGUAGAAUCUCAAAUGUGAUAUUAGACUGACAGGUUAAUUUAAAAAAAAAUGCUGUUUUCCAAAAAAAUGCAUAAUAAUUUAUAAUUUAGUUAAAGUUACUCAAACAUAUAUUCAAAAACAUUACUUUGUUUUGACAUUACUUAAAAACAAUUGAAGAGUUUGUAACGAAACUUAGUAUGAAUACAUGUACAUACAUUGACAAUUCAAAUAUAUAUGUAUUCAGCAAGUUCCAUUACUAAGGCUGACUAAUUUCUUAACUAAUUAGAUUUUUUUAACUUUUUCCAUUAAUCCAUACUAAAAUUAAAAGAAAAGAUGAAGUGUUUUUAUCAUAAAAGUAUGUAUUUUCAAUAAAUCAAUGGAAAAAUAAAGUUAUUCAGAUAUUAUUAGGUUAUAAAAUCAUAUGUCACCAGUGAGAUUCUAUAAAGUAAGGAAAUGACUUGACUGGGCUUAUGAUUAGGAACAGUCUGAAGUCCAAGUCUAGACUCAGACUCAGAAAAGCCCUUUUAUUAAAUUACUAAAAAUCAUCUUUAUUCUAUUGGUUAUACAAAAAAAAAAUGUAAAGAACUUAACAUUUUUAAAUAGAAAUACAAUUCAGCAAAUUUCAUCAUGAAUACUCAACUAGAAAUAAGGUUACAAUGAAAUGAAGAGUUGCAGUUUUGCCACGUGAGUCUGAACUCAUCCUUGAGACUGUUUGUAAACAUGACCCCAGGCCCAGAGAAAUGGAGGACAAUAGAUUUGUGCAUCUUGUGGAUUUCUUUUACUUAUUUUAGGUAUUUGCACUUGUUUAUGUAUUGUUGUAAUUAAUUUAAUAUUUAUUGCUUGUGUCUUUCAUUAUUUCUCUAACAUUCCUAUGUUUUGGACGGUAUAUAGUAAUCUAACUAUCUGUUUGUCCAAACCGUUUCCUAUCAAAAACUAAAGAACUCUUGUACAUAAGAACCUCAAACUUGGUAUACAGAUAGGUGAUGACCAGCAGAUGACUCAUAUUGAUUCUUAGGUCAGUAAGUCAAAGGUCAAGGUCUUGGUGAAUUAUUUCCAAUCAAUUUGCAGAACCUUUUCCUUUACAAAGUUUGGAACAAGAAGAAAGAGUCAAAUGAAAAUUGCAUUCAAUCCAGUCAAACUACACCGCUUUGUAGAGCGUCUCUUGAAAGCAAUUGACAAGAUAAAUUGGAUCAAACCUUUUAUAUAUAUAACAUAUAUGUCAUUUACUAAUGGCUAUCCAUCUGACAAGGCCCAUUCAGGGGCACUUGUCACGUUCAGUGACAGUUGAUGAAAACAAUUUCCAAAAGUCGGUUUUAAAAUUAGAACAUUAAAGUCAAUGAAAUUGCUUUAUUACAUUUAAAAGCCAUUAUAUGGUUGUUAAGAUGGACCCUUGUAAGUGUUUGAUGUUGUAUUGGAUGAAAAUUAAAUGAUUUAAAAUACA